AUGAUUGGAAUCAGGAUUGCUCAAUAUGAGCAUAUGUUGGCAGGAAAAAAGAUGAAGAAGAUAGGCAGGCUAAUAGUUUGGGGAUGGAUGGUUGAGCAAAGAUCGAGACGGGGGUUCAAAGGGAAUGAAAAGUACAAGGGAAGUGGGAAGCGGGUAAAAGAAGUAAAAGAAGGAGGUAAGACGGAAGAGAAGAAGUGA